AUUUUAACGGUGAAAGACAAAAUGGAGUUGGAACAUACCAGUUUACAAAUAAAGAAGGAAGAAGGUGUUCUUUGGCUGAAGGCUAUUUAAAAGAUGCACUAAAAAAAGUCGAAUUACAUUCAGGUUCAGAUCCAUAUGAAUUUGGAAAAAUUGUUGCCGUAGAUAUUAGAUCAUAUGCUCAUGUAUUAGAUAUUAUUUGGGACGAAAAGAAUGAAAAAGAAAAUAUUGCGAUCGGUGUAAGAUAUUUUUGCAAUGGUACAGUGCGUGAGGCUUUUAUUGCACCAAAAGGUGAAGUCAUUCUUUGUGGUGGAGCUAUUAAUAAAAAUCUUGAAGAAAAUAAUAUAAAGGUACGGAAAGAACUGCCAGUUGGAAGAAAUUUGUGGGAUCAUCCAUCCUGCCUAUUUGCUGCAAAAGCAAAUCCAGAUGAAAUUCACCAUUGGAGUGGUGGAUCUGAAAUUGGGAUAAUACAUAAAGCUAAUGUUGAAGGAAAAAUUCCUUGCAAAGAAGACUUUUUUGACGAGAAUCCAGAUAUACAAAUUAUUGUGACGCCAUACAGAUCCGGUUUUAUAAAAGAAUUGUCAAAUCAUAAAAUCAGUGGGAUUAUUAUGUUGACAGUUCUUAAUAUCCCAUCAAGUGUUGGUUAUCUAGAACUUAAUAGCAACAAUCCAUUCGAUAAACCAAGACUACAUCUAAACUAUUUCGAAAAAUCUGAUGAUUUAUAUAGAAUGAUCAGCUCACUAAAAUUAUGUCGCGAAAUACUUAAGCAGCCACCAUUGAGUACUGUUUACAAUGUUAAGGAAGUUGGGAUAAAUGAUGAAUACGGGCAAUGGAGUACCAACGGGGAUGAUAUUAGUGAUGAGGAUUGGGAAAAGUUUGUUGUGGAAAGGGCAACUACGACGUUUCAUUCAAGUGGAACAGUAAAAAUGGCACCAGAAUCUAAAGAUGGAGUAGUCAAUCAUCGACUUCAAGUUUAUGGUACUACAAAUCUUCGAGUUGUUGACGCAUCGAUAUUUCCUUAUAUUCCAAGCGGAAACAUUAAUGCACCCACAGCUAUGGUUGCCUGGAGAGCAAGUCGGUUAAUUAUUGAAGCUAUAUGA